GCGCCAAGCCAGCAGUGGACAGCGGAUGUCUCUGCUGCUUUCGGCAGAUUCUGCUUCCAGUUGUGGGCUGUGAGUUGAUGGAUGCGGAGUAGGAUAAUCUCAUCGCGGUGCUUCAGUUUCCUGCUCAGGCAUGUAAAAAAGAUGUGUCGCGAGCCCCGACUCAACUCCUUGAGCUCUGUCUGGUACUGCGUCCUGGUCAUGGCCUUGAGCAUCUACAUCGUGGCUGCAAGUGUGCACAGAUUCACAGGCUACAUGGCUUUACCAUGGCCGGAUCAACCUUACCUUGAGCUCAACGCUUACGUUGCCUGUAUUGGAGCUGCCGUCAUAUUGCUGCCUUUCUUUGUCGCGUCUGCUAUGCUUCAGGUGGGCAACAUGGCCAACGAUGGGGUCGUCCUGGACGGGGCGAGCGGAACGAGUCGACUGACAGCCCUCUGGAAGCACGGGGGACCCACGGCACCGACACUCCACUCGUGGUCUGCCUUCUGUCUCCUUCUGCCCAAGGUGCUGGUGCAUGCUAGGCUCAUACGACAUGGUCUCCUCAGGCAUAGUGACGCAUGGCGUACAGACCUAGAUAUGCUCCUCCCACACCGGGACCGAAUUGUCCUCCUCAGCUUUGUGUCUACCAUUAAUGAGACUGACCUAUGGGACAGAGAAGCAAGUGAGUCAACACGGCAGCUGGACGAUGGACCAGCCAUGUCAGCCGAAUUUAUCAAUUAUGCUCUCGCCCUCCUGGUCUACUCAAUACGUUACUCUGCUGUGUUCUGGAAGAACAACAAGUGCUUCUCACUUCUCUUUUCCUUUUACCUGCUGUUCACCACGGCUCACAAGCUGCUCACUUUCAUGGGAGUGUCCAUCCUGUACAAAGUGCACAUAGCCGGAGCUCGACAGGUGAUUCCAGGUUUUGGUCCGUUGUUCCUUGGGGUACCGUCGAUGCUUUUCCUCUACGCCUUGUAUACUGCUGUGCUCAGUUUAUCGGGUCCUGUGUUCUACUCGUACGGACUGCUUAAGUAUCAAGAAUGGAAAGCAAGAGCAGCAAUGCGUCACCACAUUGCCUGGAAAGGGGCACUUCCCAGAGGCCUUUGGGGACAUGGACCACACCUAUACGCCUUCUUUGUUUUAGGUCUACUUGUACUCUCUGGAGGACCACUAGUGUACGAUCUUGUUAAAGUCUACUGUGCAAGUUUAGAUGGCAUAGUCGUUGCCUGUGCUGCUGCUAUCGUUUCUCAUCUCUUGUUCUGGAUCAUCUUGUGGUUGGGACUUACGCUAAAGCCCAACUGGGACUUCUCGUCGGAAUGCUUCACCCAGCACCAUGAUGGGUUCUGUGUUCCGAAAUGUGCUGCGGACGCCCCACUCUUGGUUGUCGAUCGCAACAACACGUAUCAAGUGCAGGAAGCAUCAUCUAAGAAGGCCAUAUUGAGUUUGGCUACCAAGUUUGCUCAAAUAUCUAAGCUGCCACAUCCUUCUGAAGACCAAGACAUUUACUGGUUGAAGCCUCGACUUUCCACCAAAACAAUGUCAGAGAAGGAUGAUGGAAAGCCUCGGGGGUCUGGUCUCAAGCAUAAGGUGACCUUCCAAGACAAAGUGCAAAACUGGAGCAAGAAAUCACCAAAGUCAAUGAGUAAAUUGAAGAAGCAAGGCCGGUCAGACAAGCAUUCUGACGAUGGCGGAGACUAUGCUACAUUGCGAGAGAUGUCUGCAAUAAACGGCCAAACUAAGGUUGCCUCUUUCUACAAGAGCCUUUGCCCGCUUGGUGACACAAGUGCCCUUUUGCCAAAACAGCCCGACAAUAAUGAGUAUGAGAUGCUGCCUUCAACGACCUCAGACACAUCAACAAGCCCAGAAAAGGGCAGUGACUCAAGUGGCAUUCACUCAAGUGACUCCAUCAAGCGGGCAUCUAGUCUGGAACAGCUCAUCCAGGAAUCUCCCAAAGCGAUCCCCUGGAAGAGCAUGUCCCUCCAACGGACUCCGCAACAACUCCCACAACUGGUGAUCCGACGUGAUGCGGAUCCCUUCGGUCGCAGGACCAAUGUCCGCCUCACAUCUUUUACGGAUCAGCUCAAGCCUACCGUAUGCAUUGCUCCGUUAGAUACUCAACGGAGGGACUCUGCAAACUAUUCAUCUGGUGAAUCUUGAUGUCAUAGGGGCUUCCCCUAUGAUAUUACGUCCUAUCACAAUGUGGAUAUUGUCAUGUGUGCGUCAAUGGUCUCAAAUUGUUUCUGUCAAUGAUUGAUAUUUGCAGACGGUCAUCUUGCACUGCAUGGUAGAAAAAUGAAAUUGUUCUCACUUGUGCUAUCUAUCCAGUUGGCAUACAAGCUGUUCAACGAUGAAAUUGAUGACACAGUCUUGUUUCCUGCUUCAAUUUGAAAAGUCAAAUCAUGGUGGAGUACAUAAUAGGACAAUUUUUUAUUGAAAUCAACCGAGCCUUUUGAGUUAUUUCUAUGGACAAUACUAAUAUAGCAAGACUGCUUCUAGUGGGCAGAAACCAUUUCAAUAAUAUUACCAAUAGAAAUUUCCAUACAAGGCCAAGGUAGUAAGGCCAGAAUUUAACCAUCUUUUUUUGCAAUCUCACCACUUGAAUGUUGACAGAGCACAAGUCUUAUCGCAUUUACUCCGACUAUACGCAACAAUUACUACUACGCAUGGUCUGCAUUUGUAAUAUAUUCAUUUGCUUUUGUACAUACAAUGAUCGUAAGUUAUUUUUAUAAUAUAUAAUAUUAUAAGCUGGUUUCAUUAUAAAUAUAUAUGUAUUUCUCCCUGUGCUGGUUGUGAUGUGAGUUGUAUAGCACUAUGUAAAGCUCUCCCAGCUUCGCAUUAUACCUCCGUGUAGUCAGAGGGAACUCCCACAUGCCUGGAAACCUCUCUGUCAACUAAAUCUUCUCAGUUAUAUGAAACAAAUGUUCUCUAAUUGGGAAGCAUUAUAAAACUGUGUCACCUGGUAUUACGCAUUUAAAAAAAAAGUCCCUCGAGUUGUCGGUAUCAAAAAAUGCAUUUUAGUUCUUCAAUACUGUAAACAUAUUUUUAUUACUGAUGGAUUAAUUUUUGCAAAUUUUGCAACUGCUACACAAUGGCAAAAAAUUGUACAUGCAAAUAAAGAGGCAUACUAUUGACUAGAUACACACUGUCAGUUAAGUUGUCUAGAAGCAACAAAAAGUACUAGGGAUAUACCGGGUGUUUCAGUUAAACCGCCAGGCUAAAUAAUUCGCGAACUUUCUUUUUUCCAAGUAUCUGUCCGAUUUAGGCACGGGUGAGCUCAUUAGUCUUCCUGGUCCAUUAUUUCAGUUACAGAUAUGUCAUGUCACUUUUGAGACAGACGGGCAGCUUAACACUAAUCCCGCAAAAGGAAACUCCCCUAUAUAUGUACACGCAAAUAACUGAAUGCGCCAUUUGCAACAAUUAAUACAUCGCUAAUGAAAAUAGGUUUACAGCAUUCCAAUAAUUUUUGCCUAAUUUACAGCACUGGUUAAGCUCACUUCAGAUGCAAAUAAAUGCUACGAAAAAUACAAUUAACUGUCAAAUGUAAGACUGCUAAAAAAGCAUGUGAGCAGCUUGUUCACAUCACUAAAUCCAAAUUGCAAACAAUAAAUGGCAUUUCCAAAAUGUCAGUGUAUUUGGACAGUUUAUUUUGCUACAAGUUGAUCUCAGUUUUUGAGUAACCCUUGCAAUACCUGCAUGCUUACAAACAGGGUACAGGUGCAAUAUCAAGUGGGUGGUGUUUAUACUGUUUGUUGUCUCUUGUUGGAUACAGAUUGUCCCAGUUUACAAUAUGAAAAUAAAUCUUUCCAAAACGUC